AUGGGUAACGCCCAGCCUCGCGGGGGAGGCUUCCCUGGAGGGGCCGACGAAGACAAGGAAAAGAAAAAGAAGGAGAGAAAGCGCUUGGAGGCUGCGCCUCCUGCGCACGUCGGCAAGAGAAAGAAACGCGGAAAGGGUCCAAUCGGUCACAGCAAGCUCCCAACAGUAACGCCGAUCACUAAGUGCCGCCUUCGUCUUCUGCGCCUGGAGCGCAUCAAGGACUACCUUCUCCUCGAGGAAGAGUACAUCACCAACCAGGAGCAGCGCAAGCCUGCGGAGGAGAAGAAUGAAGAGGAUGUGAGUCGCCUCGACGAGCUACGCGGCACGCCGCUGAGUGUCGGCAGCCUCGAGGAAAUGAUCGACGAGCAGCAUGCAAUUGUCUCCUCGUCCAUCGGACCGGAGUAUUACGUCAACAUCCUCUCCUUCGUUGACAAAGACCUGCUCGAGCCCGGCUGCAGUGUCCUACUUCACAACAAGACGAGCAGCAUCGUGGGCAUCCUGAACGACGAAGUCGAUCCUCUCAUCUCUGUCAUGAAGGUCGAGAAGGCCCCGCUGGAGACCUACGCAGACAUCGGCGGCCUCGAGAAGCAGAUUCAGGAAGUGAAGGAAGCCGUUGAAUUUCCGCUGACGCAUCCUGAGUUCUUCGAUGACAUCGGUAUCAGUCCACCCAAGGGUGUCAUUCUGUACGGGCCUCCGGGAACAGGGAAGACGCUUCUGGCGAAGGCCGUCGCGAACGAGACGUCCGCCACGUUCCUGCGCGUUGUCGGCAGUGAGCUGAUUCAGAAGUACCUCGGCGACGGCCCCAAGCUCGUCAGAGAGAUGUUCAAGCUCGCCCACGAGCAUGCGCCCAGCAUCGUCUUCAUCGACGAAAUCGACGCUGUGGGGACGAAGAGAUACGACGCGACCAGCGGCGGCGAGAAAGAGAUCCAGCGCACGAUGCUUGAACUGCUGAAUCAGCUGGACGGUUUCGAGAGCAAAGGCGACGUGAAGGUCAUCAUGGCGACCAACCGCAUCGAGAGCCUCGAUCCCGCGCUCAUUCGCCCCGGCCGCAUCGACAGGAAGAUUCAGCUGCCGAAUCCCGACACGAAGACGAAGCGGAAAAUCUUCCAGAUCCACACCGCAAAGAUGACAGUGGCUGAUGACGUCGACCUGGAAGAAUUCGUCAUGGCCAAGGACGAGCUUUCUGGCGCAGACAUCAAAGCUACGUGCACGGAGGCGGGCCUGCUUGCCCUGCGUGAGAGGCGCAUGAAGAUCACGCAGGAGGAUCUGAGGAAGGCGAAGGAGAAGGCGCUCUACCAGAAGAAGGGCAACAUUCCCGAGAGUCUGUACCUGUAG